UACUUGGGUUUUCUUUGUUGUUGAUGAUGCAUUGUAGGCAUUCUAUAUAUAUUCUGGAUAUUAACCCCUUAUCAGACAUGAUUUGCAACUAUUUCCCCUUCUGUAGAUUGCCUUUUCAGUCUGUUAAUUGUGUUCUUGGAUGCACAAGUUCUAAAUGUAUCUUCCUUUUGUUGCCUGUGCUUUUGAAGGAAUUGCCAAGUCGAAUGACAUAAGCUUUAUGUCAUGUUUUCUUCUAAGAGUUUUUUAGGUUUAGUCUUUGAUCCACGUUGAGUUAAUUUUUGUGUAUGGUGUAAGGUAUGGCUCCAACUUCAUACUUCUGCGCAUGGGUAUCCGAUUUUCCCAACACCAUUUGUUGAAAAGACUGUCCUUUCCCCCGUGAAUGGCCGUGGCACCUUUGUUGAAAACCAUUUGACUGUAUAUGUUAGGUUUUAUUUCUGGGCUCCCUGUUCCUUCAUUGCUUUUAUGGCUGAACACUAUUCCAUUGUGUGGCUAUACCAUUUUUAUUUAUAUUGUAUCUCGGUAUGUUGUAUCUCAGGGCAUUGUAACAUCUGAGCCCUUGCCUAGGAUCCUCCCUGUGAUCAUCAGAACAGCAUGCCCUUUGAAAACAGUGUCUGUUUUGCUUGCUUACAAAGAAAGCUGGCAGUGUAUUCCGGGGAAAGGCCAGCGCGGUUGCUGAGCUUUCUCCCUCUGUUACAAACCUCUCAGCAAAACAGAAGUGAUUCAUUUUGCACUCCCCACUGCUGACCCGCGCAGUAACACCCUCUGUACCUGGAGAAUGUGCCCACCCCAACCCAUGUGCCAAGUGUCCGUCUGGCACCCAAGCUUCAUGUUUGUUUCUGGAGAGGAAGGAGAACACCAGCUGACGUUUUUGAGCGCUUCCUGGGUGCUUUUGGCCACACUCGUUAUCUCAUUAUCUCAUCUGGUAUAUUCCUCGCAGCAAGCCCUCCAUUUCGGUACUGCUAUUCACUGGGGGGGAAACUGAGGCUCCGAGGAGUUAAGUACCUUGGCCAAGGCCACAACGCUUGUACGUGGAGGAGCCCAGGAGUCGGCAAAGCGCACAGCGCAGGGAUUUUCCGCUUCACUGAGGGUCAGAAGCCCCGGGCCCUGGCGACCACUGGCCUGGGAGCUUCUGGCAGCCCAGGCUCCUGGGCGCACCUGGGCGCGGCCCCCAACGACUGCUUCCUGUCUGGUCGCAGACUUCAGGAAAUAUCAGAGACCUAGAGCUCCCUCCAGGUGCAAUGCCAGUUCUGAGGCUGGAAAGCUUGAGUGUAGAGAGGAAAAAGUUGGUGCUUUUUUUACUCUCCCUCACUGCCUGACGUCGGAAAUUCCGCCCCCGUCUCCGUGGAAACCCGGCGUCCGUAGCCGCAGUCACCAGGGGCGGAGCUCCGAGCCGCGGCUCCGCCCCGAGUUUGCCGCGGCUCCCAGGUGGGGAGCAAUCACUGGCACCCCGUAUCCCCUCCGUUCCUCUUCUUGGCUGCCCGCCUUCCCGUCGGCGUUCGUUCCCCAAACCACAUCCCGGAGGCGCUCUUCCGCCUGGUCCUCAGCCCGGCGGGCGCACCGGGCGUCGGGGCCUGAGAGCCGCGCGCUGCCCCCGAUCCCCGCGGCUCCCCCCUCGGCGGCGCUGAUUGGCCGCUCCCGGGCCUUCCCCUGCGCGGGCUCCACUGCCCAGCGGAAAGUUUUCUGUGUCCGGGGGAAGUUGGGCCUUUGGAGACGCGGAGACAGCAGCUCCCGAGGCUGCGGGGCCCUGCGCGGCCAUGGAGAUGGAGGCGCCCCCUUUGCGAGAGGAGGAGGAGGAGGAAGAGGAGGAGGAGGACGAGGCUGGCCCCGAGGGGGCUCUGCGCAAGAGCCCGUUCCAGCUGACCGCCGAGGACGUGUAUGACAUCUCCUACGUGGUGGGCCGCGAGCUGAUGGCGCUGGGCAGCGACCCCCGGGUGACACAGCUGCAGUUCAAAAUCGUCCGCGUGCUGGAGAUGCUGGAGACGCUGGGAAGCCAGGCACCAGGCAAGAUGGUGGUUGACCUGACCGACCCCAACCGGCCGCGCUUCACCCUGCAGGAGCUGCGGGACGUGCUGCAGGAGCGCAACAAGCUCAAGGCGCAGCUGCUGCUGGCGCAGGAGGAGCUGCAGUGCUACAAGAGUGGCCUGAUUCCAGCAAGAGAAGGCCCGGAAGGGAGAAGAGGAAAGGACUCUAUGGUUGCCAGGGCCAGCAACGCCAGCAGAGACAAGGAGGAGAAGACCAUCAUAAGGAAGCUGUUCUCCUUCCGAUCUGGGAAGCAGACAUAGAUCCCAGGCGGCGGUUCUCAGAUUCUAGAAGACAACCCACCAGGAAGACUGCCCACCUGCUCAGUGCCACGCGGACCCACUGCACUCGCUCAUGUGUUUCCCCUCAACGCCGUCCGAGGAGCGAGGAGGUGAGGUUCUCUCUCCAUCACCGUCUCCCCGGCUGCAGAACUGGACACCCCCGGAGGCUUGGCCAGGGCAGGGCAAGUGGCACCCAGAAAUCAAGAAAGCAGAAGGAAAAGAAAAAAAAAAGCAGAAGGAAAAGAAAAACCAACAGAAAAUAAAAAAACGAAAGCAGAAGGAAAGUGCACGGGGGCCCCCACCUGCCCACGUCAGCCGUCGAGGGAUCUCGGCGCUCUGCCCCUCCGGCCCCACACUUGGCCUUGCCCUUCACCGUGUGGCAGCCCUGGCAGCCAGGCACCAGCCCAGAGGGAGAGGGGAGAAAGCCGGGAAGCGUGGUAUCGACCUUCCGGGGCCUUCGCUGAUAUUUAGUGACUAUCUGACUUUGCUAACAGGACUUUUGUUCCGAGGAGAUUUUUGUAUUAAAUGACUUCCCUUCUUUAAGUAUUUUAGAGUUGUCUCUCGGCUUGUGUGACCUUUCAGGUCUCCGUUUCCACGUCUGUAAACUACGUGUGUAUGGAUAGCUGGUGUUUCUUUGGUGCAUUGAGUCUAAGUGAUGUACCAUUAUUUUGUGUGUCAGUGUGAGAGGAAAAAUGUUACAAAUUAUAACAUUAAGACACGGUUGA